CGUGUCUCUUCUUAAAGCAACUACAAUGACUUCAAAAUUUACUAACGGAAAAAGAUUCUUGAUUUGGGUUUUAUUUUAUAGUUUUUGUCUAACAUUUUUAACACAUUAUAUUUUAAAAUUCAAAGUGUAUCAUGGGAUAAAUAAUACAGCCUUUCUUGAAACCAAUUAUAAAAAUCGGACGAAUCCGGAUUCAAAGAACAGAGAAACGGAACAUGAUUUAGAGAUGCAAUUUAGAUACAAACUAUUUAACAUUGGGCCACAGUUUGCUGUAUCGUUUUCACCUUUGUACAAAGACUCACAAGCAGUGAAUGGUUCACUUGAAGGAUUCUUUGGUCCUUCAAGACGUGUCUCAAACGUGGAUUGUAGCCUACUGUUUGAAAACAAUAUAAAGGAAAUCAAAAACGUACGACGUAAAAUGAACACCAAAAUACCCUCACUGCCAGUGUGUCAGCAAACAAAAGACUGUGGACAUUUUAUUUCGUCAAGAGGAUAUAUAACAGAUUCUUUAUCAGACGAGGAGAAACAUUUCCCAAUUGCCUACAGCAUUCUUGUUUACAAAAGUCCAGAACAAUUUGAGUUUCUUUUGAGAGCCAUUUACCGACCACAAAAUGUUUACUGUGUUCACGUGGACAAGAAAACACAUCCUAACGUCUUCAAUGGAUUUAAAUGCAUCACACGUUGCUUUCCAAACGUUUUCUUAACGUCGAAAAGAUAUUCAGUGAACUGGGGGAAAAUAGGUGUUUUAUUACCAGAGAUUGAAUGCAUGAGAAAUCUUUUAUCAUUUUCAACUUGGAAAUAUUUUAUCAAUCUCACUGGACAGGAAUUUCCACUUCGUACAAAUUAUGAGUUGGUGAAAAUUUUAAAAAUUUAUAAUGGUUCAAAUGACGCAGAGGGGACGAUCAAGAGAGCAAACAAAUAUAGAUGGAAUAUAAGAGAGCAACCUCCUCAUGAUAUACAUCCCGUAAAAGGAUCGGUUCACGUGACUUUAAACAGAAAAUUUGUGGAAUACGUCAUCAAUAACGAUGUAGCUGCUGAUUUUCUCAGAUGGGUAAAGAAAACAGAGGUCCCAGACGAAACAUACUUUGCCACCUUGAUUCAUAAUCCCAAGCUCGGCAUUCCGGGGAGUUUCAAGGGUGACUUAGAGACAGAUUUUGGUGUACGAAAACCUUUUCUAUCUCGCUUUAAGAACUGGAGGGAUACGGCAAAUUCACUCCAAUGUCACGGUAAAUUUGUUCGAUCGAUAUGUAUAUUUGGAGUCGGAGAUCUUCCUCUUCUUGCUCGUCGACCUGAGUUCUUUGCCAAUAAAUUUCACCACAAUUACCAAAGUCAAGCCUUACUUUGUAUGGACGAACUAAUUUAUAACAGGACACGGGAGGAAUAUUACCAGCGACUGAACUUUGAUACGGAAUAUUAUGAAAAAAUAGCACACAUUAAGAACAUUGUAGAGAAAUAAUACAUGUAGUUGAAUUGUACCAAUAAAAAUGUUCUAGAAGAGAAAUGGAUGUUCAUUUUAU